GUCAAGUAUACCACGUUUGGCUCAAGUCAUUUUGGCUGAAGCGGUUGAGUGUCAAAUAUGACACGUUUUAAUCCAGGCGACUGGACCGCAUCAUCUUCGACAGCUUGCGCUUCCUCUACAACGAUGAACUCGCCAACGCGUCGGGGAACAUCUCAGCGGGUCCACAGUGGCAUCCCCAACGCCACUUGCGACGCUCGCGGCUUCUGCGCCCCACCUGGAAUAUGCAGUUUCACCAGUGCCACUAGUCGGAGCACCCCCACGACUUAUCCAAACAUAGACGCUGACGCAGGGUGACUUUCUGGUCCUCAUGAACCGGUCCAUCGGCUUCUCGUUCGACGAGCUGGUGGAUUUCUUUUUACGUUUCACAUCUUGUCCGACGCCUUGUCGAGGACCCACUUGCGCAUGGAGAACGGGGCGGCCCCCUGAUAGUUCCAUUUUCACGCAGGGCCAUCGAGGUGGACCUCGGUUUGGACUUUCUUCUGGCACCACUCCAGAGUUAGGGUGGCUUGCUAUCAGCAGGUGUGUGUGUGUGUGUGUCGCGAACCGCUAUGACUUCGCCUGCGUACCAACCGACUUUCACGCUCGGCCUACGAAGGGCCAGGCGCUUGUAAAUGUCAUCACCCCCGGUGGCGCCCUCGAGUUCGUUGCCGAGCGGAGCAGGUCGCGGCGGGCCAGGGCUGGGCCCGCCGCGCCCGUCCUCGAGGUCGUGCCGGCACAGCUACAGGGCUACGAGGAGAGCGCCAGGAGGUGGAGUGCGAGGCGGCUGCGUCGCACGAAGAACCCGGAGUCGCAGGCUCAGGCCUAGAGGUUGACACCAACACCAAGAUCGGCGGUGUGUCUCCGCUGAGGGAAGACGAUCCCGAUCUCAGUGAUGGUGGUAAUAUUCUGGCUUCCAGGGUGGCCGAAAUAUUGCCACCAACACCGAAAUCUAGGAUCGUCUUUCCCCCGUGGAGGCAAGCCCCUGGGCUGGUGUAGAUGACAAUUUCCAGGCCUCCAACUGAGCUCCAUCCGUACUUCGCCCAGAGGUGGACGUUCGGCUGCACAAAUCGAGUGUGCAGGAGGUGAAGGCGGAGAGCGGCACGCGCUGAUGAUGAGGAACUCCCCUUGACCUUCACCGCUCAUCUACGGGUUGGGUGUCAAAGUAUCCCGAGGAGAUCGAUGGCAUACAUUGCGGUCGAUGUCAAGUGAUGAUCUUCUCCCUUCCUCCUGUCUGGCGCUGUGCUGUACUAGCAAUUGUAUCUGCUACGUGGACCUCGCAAAGUAGAUGCCAUUUUUGUGCUCUAUUGUUCGUCAGUUUAUUGGAGGUGUCCUUCAGUUUCGUUCAGUUGUCAUAGACAGCAGCUCGACACUGCGUUGUCUCGCGUUGCUGCGAACGCAGGACAGCCCCCUCGCUCUUCCUCGUCCUCCUCCUCCUCCUCCUCCUCCUCCUCCUCCUCCUCCUCCUCCUCCUCCUCCUCCUCUCCGUUUGCUCCCGCGUUGUCUUUUUGCGGAUCGGAUUGUGCUUCAUUGUGGGUUGGGCCGUGUGGGCUCCGACUCCCGCAUGCGGCCUCCGACUCUGGCGUGACACGAGCAUCGCUAACACUGCGCCCCAACAGACAAUGGCAUCAGCGAGCUGUUUUUUCUUAAAAUCUGCUUGGCUGCCUGAGCUGAGGCUCUAUUGGAGGUGUCCUUCAGUUUGUUCGAACUGUUUUUAUCACGGAUGUGCUGGUCCUGCUUUUUGAACACGGCUGUGUAGACUCACAUCAUAUGUGUGGGCAUCGUUCCGUGGGGUGGUGAAUUGCCCUUCCGCUUAUCUCCAUCCGUUCCAUUCGCCGUUCUAUCUCUCAGCUUACCUGCAUACAGUUCCAUGGCGUGUCCUCACCAUUUCCAUGUUCCGUUUUUUUGGUCGUGCUCACGAGGGCCUCGGUCUGGGCGUUGUCCAGUCAGAUCGGCCUAUGCACUCCAAUCAGAGCCUGCUUCGAGCAUGUUGAGCUCAUGCGCUGUACAAGUUGUCAUUUAGACAGCAGCUCGACGCCGCGUUUUCUCGUGUUGCUGUGAACGCAGGACAGCCCCCUCGCUUCUCCUCGUCCUCCUUAUCGCCGCUGCAGUAUUUCGCCCCG